UUAAACCUAUGAGGCCCUGAACAUAAAACUCUAACACAACAAAACAGCCGCUUCCGUCUCUGCCAUUUUGGGAGCAACACUCAACUGCCGCCGGGAGUUUAUUCAUCGGUCAGAGACAGCAGCGAGCAUACCAUUCAGCCUAGCCACUAGCCAGAGAGAGGGAGGAGAGAAAAAGAGAGAAGAAUCAUGAGGCCUAUACUGAUGAAAGGCCAUGAGAGGCCAUUGACGUUCCUCAAGUACAACAGGGAUGGUGAUCUCCUUUUUUCUUGCGCCAAAGAUCACAACCCCACCGUGUGGUUUGCUGACAAUGGAGAACGUUUGGGCACUUAUCGAGGCCAUAAUGGUGCCGUUUGGUGCUGUGAUGUAUCCAGAGAUUCUGGCCGACUCAUUACAGGCAGUGCAGACCAGACGGCAAAGCUAUGGGAUGUGCAAAGUGGUCAGCAGUUGUUCACCUUCAAUUUUGAUUCCCCUGCAAGAUCUGUUGACUUCAGUGUCGGUGAUAAGCUUGCAGUUAUUACCACUGAUCCGUUUAUGGAACUGACUUCAGCAAUCCAUGUCAAACGCAUUGCUAAAGAUCCCAAAGACCAGACUGGCGAAUCUCUGCUUGUCAUUAAGGGCCCUCAGGGAAGAAUCAAUAGAGCCAUUUGGGGACCCCUCAACAGAACCAUCAUCAGUGCCGGAGAAGAUUCCGUCGUUCGUAUUUGGGAUUCUGAGACUGGAAAACUACUUAAGGAGUCUGACAAGGAAUCUGGACACAAAAAGACAAUAACUUCACUUGCCAAAUCUGCUGAUGGUUCACACUUCCUAACCGGCUCCCUUGAUAAGUCUUCUAAGCUUUGGGAUGCAAGAACACUGUCUCUAGUCAAGACAUAUGUGACAGAACGACCUGUCAAUGCUGUUGCAAUGUCGCCUCUUCUUAAUCAUGUGGUGCUUGGAGGUGGUCAGGAUGCAUCAGCUGUUACAACUACUGAUCAUCGUGCUGGAAAAUUCGAAGCCAAGUUCUUUGAUAAGAUUCUUCAAGAAGAAAUUGGGGGUGUGAAAGGGCAUUUUGGACCGAUUAAUGCACUGGCCUUUAACCCUGAUGGAAGAAGUUUUUCAAGUGGAGGUGAAGAUGGAUAUGUACGUGUGCACCACUUUGACCAAGAGUAUUAUAAUAUCAAAAUUUAGUGUUGGAGAGUUUCUGGUUUGAUAAGAUAUCAAGCGUGGUUCCUAGAAGUUAGCGUUCAAUUUCUUUUGACAUAAAUUUUUUGUGACUCUGUUGUGUACUAAAGCUGUUACUGGUAAUCCUAUUGCAAUAACAUUAUGAAUGAAUUUUGGUUGGAGUUGAACUAUUGCAAUAACAUUAUUAAUUCUUACA